AUGGCGAAUGAGCCGCCCUGUCUGGCGGUAGUCGAGAACCCGGCAUGGAAGGUAGCAUCAUCAACCCAUCUCAUGCGGCAGCGGGUGGGAGACAAAAUUGGACUGCAUUCUAGACAUGGCUCUCGAGAGGUUAGCAUCCUCGCAGUACUACCGAGUAGGCAAGGCCUGGUGCUGCUAGUGCCAGCAGUGGCACCUGGUCCAACUUCAACCGGCGAUAUCUCAGGCUUCCCGCUCGCGCUCUGUCUCGUACAUCUGCAUUUUGCUUUCCAUCCUCCACACACCCCUGCCUGGUGGUACGCGUACUAUGUACAGUACUCCGUACAGUCGAAACGGGGCGGUUUCGGUACAUGUGCGUACGAGAAUGGAGUCCCGUCGGUCGGCAUUGCGACGACCAACGAGCAUCUCUGCCGCUCAAUGGCAAGGCAAUUGUCUCAAGUCUUCGCUAAACAAACUCCCAACCGCCCCAGGUUACCGCCUCUUUGCUCGCAGUCCAGUCCUGUAUCUGUGCUGUACCGCUCGCGCUUGUACCUCGUCGCGGGCUUCGACACGGCCCAGGUACCCCGUGUCCAGGUACUCUUACACCGGCCGGCAACCCCCGUCAACCAAAACAAGGAGCCGCCUCCUCCGCCAUUCUCGAACAUCACGUCGUUGUAG